AUGGCGUACAGCCAGUUUCCUCCGCGGAGCGCGUCCUGUGCUGCCCCAGCCGUUGGGGCUCUCCACCCCGGGCCACAGCCUCCUGGCGCCCCCGGGGCCGGGGCAGCCGGGCCGAGGAGUGUCGGUGUGGUCAGGCUACGGGGCGGGGCCGGCGGGAGCUCCGGUCGCCGCCGCCGCUGCCUCCGCCUGCCUCUCGGGCCGCCCGCUCGCCCGCCGCUGGGUGCGCUGCACGCGGGGGGCAGCCGCGGUGCAGAGGUUCAUGCAGCGGCGGCUGCGGCGGCGGCUGCUGCUGCUGCCGCCGCGGAGGCAGACAGACCGGGCGCUACCACCGCCGCCCUCCCCCGGCUCCAUGCCGCCGCCGCUGCCGCCUCCUCCUCUCCAGCGAGGGGCGGGGGGCUCCGGCCCGGGGUGGGCACCACUCCUCGCAGCGCCGCUCCCCUCCCUGCCCUCCGCCCGGGCGCUGGAGCCGGCGAGGGCACCCGCCGCCUCCUAGGAGUGCACCCUCCGCGCGCCCUGCCGGAGCGAGGGGGCGGGCGUGGGCGGGCGUCGGGGCAGCGGGGACCCCGCGCGGCUGCAAGAGGAGGGGGCUUCCCCAAGGAUGCCCGGCGGCUCCCCGCUCCUAGGUGCGAGCUGAGUCUGACCGGGAGCGAGCGGCGCGUCGCCAUGCCGGCGUGACGGGCGCCCCAGGCUGCCCGCGCGGGCCCCCGCGCUGCCCCACGCAGCGCCGUGCCGGCACCGUGCUGCAGGAUGGGCUGUAUCCAAAGCAUCACCUGCAAGGCGCGGAUCCGGCGCGAGAACAUCGUGGUGUACGAUGUGUGCGCCACCAUCGACCAGUGCCCCACGCGCAUCGAGGAGACCUCGCCCAUCGUCCUGCGCUACAAGACCCCCUACUUCAAAGCCUCCGCCCGUGUGGUCAUGCCCCCCAUCCCCCGCCACGAGACCUGGGUGGUGGGCUGGAUUCAGGCAUGCAACCAGAUGGAGUUCUUCAACACCUACAGCGACCUGGGCAUGUCUCCUAGUAGGACAAGGAAAGCCCAGCAAGCACAACCACAUGGCAGAGACUGAGAAGGAGGAAGUGAGCAAUGGCUGGCGGCUCCAGAAGCUGAAUCCCUGGACAGCUGAUUUCCCAUUAAAACGUGUGCCAUCCUGCCUACCUCCUCGCCUUCUUCCCGUCCCAUGACCAGUCCCUCCUACCCACCCUCCAUGAUCCAUGUGGCACUUGCCCUGGGCUGACUGGGCUGCCUGCUUGGCCCAUGGGGAGCUGUGUUGAAGUGAGAAUUGUGCCUGCUGUAUCUUUUUGUGUGUGGAAAGAUGGGGUUCAUUCAGAUCCCAAGUCCUUUCCCCAACCCUCAAAGUGAAGCCUCCCAGGGAUGAAGAGCUGGUCAGCCUGGACUUUAAAUACCUAACGUGGCCCAGCCUUGGUUCCCAAACCCUGCCUUCCCUCCCUAUGCUUUUGGGUGGGAAACGGGGGAUUUGUAUCUUCCUUCCUCCUCCUCCUCCAUGUGGGUGGCCUCUCUAGGUUUCUCUGCGUUCUCUGAUCGUUGGAGAGCCAGGGCCAAGGCAGUCAUCUUGUUCCCCCUUCCGCGGCCAGGCUGGGUGCCUUCAGGUGACCGGGGCAGAGUGUAAGUCACCAGGAUCAAUGGGGUGAGGGGAAAACCACCUUAAGAGGGCAAAAAUGGUGUGCACUGGUUUAUUUAUUGAUUUAUUUAUUGGCUUGCUUACUGAUGUAUUUAUUUAUAUUUAUUAUACAACACAAAAUCCAUUUCCAUUUUUUAAGCAUCAGCCCCAGAAUUUGUCUUCCUGGGCCCAUAGAGCACAGUGAAUUAUUUCUUUUAAGCUUCAGAAUAGAGAGGGAAAUUUUUCUCUUUAUGCCCAAACACCUCCACCUCAGCCACAUUUUCAACCAGAUAUGGGAUUAGAAAUCACCAGCUAACAAGGCUGUAAAGUCACACAAAUCAGCAGAGGCUUGACUGUCUAGAUAGCUCUCGGAAUCCGGCCUCCACCCCAACCACCUUGCACCAGUCCUCUCAUUCUCCUUUACUCAGGUGGGGAUUGACCAGCCACCUUCAGCCUAACAGUGCAGAACAAAACUUCUCAUUCUGCUCUGAUGUAGUAUUCUAACAUCAGAUGCACGUUAGAAUCAUCUGAGGAGCUUAAAAAAUAUCCAUGCCUGGUCCCCUGCCCAAACCAAUUAUAGCAUCUAAGGGUAGAUCCUGGGCAUCGGAGUUUUUUAAGUUACCCAGAUGACUCUAACGUGAAAAUAGGGUUGGAAAGUUCUAGUAUCACCUCUCCCUUGCCCCUCCCCAUCCAGAUUCUUUCAUCUUUACUUCCCAAACUUUCUCUGGAGUCCUCUUCCCAUUCCUCCAGCCCCUUCUCUCUGCACCUUCCCCAUCAGCUCAGCCAACCAUAGCAGAUCCCUGGAGAGGGGGCAGGUCCCAUGAGUGGUACUCUGAGGCUGGUUCCUGCAUCCAGCCUGGGGGCUGCUCCCAAACAAUUUCCAGCUUUUCUAGGAGCAGAAACCUAUCCUCUGCAAGAUUCUCUGUUCACCUGCACCUUCUCCAGGUUCCCAAACUCCAAAAGUUUAAAGGGCACUUUGGUGACAUUUCCGUCUCCAAGUCCCAAUCUUGAUGGUAUGGCCCAUGUAAGUCUUAUAACCCAAGCCUUGGCCAUUUCUGCAGAGCCACCUGAGUUGAAUGAGGAUCUACUGUUAACAGAGAAAGGGGUCACAAUGCUCCCCCAGCAAGUCCUUUUUCCAACAACCAACCUCCUCAGCCAUCUAGGAUUUGGAUGCACAAUGCAGCAGCUACUGUGCAUUCAAAUCCUAGAUGGCUGAGAAGAGGCAUCUCACCCUUCACAUCUACAAGAUCUCCACUGCUGGGUAUGAGUAAAUGUGUGUGUGAGUGUGUGUACAUGUACAUGUGCACACACUAUCUACAUACAAGCCAUCUAGAUCUAUAGAGAUGCCAGACUUCACUUUACAUGUGAUUACAUUUUAGAUGAAAACAGUUGAGGGCUUUCGUUAUCUUUCACUUGAUGGAGUUUCACUGUAUUAUGUUCAUAUGGGCCCCAGUGAAUUACAUAUCAGGUAUAUACAUAGAAUGUAUAAUAUAUACAAACUGUUAGACACACUACACACACACACACACACACACGCACAGAAAGCCUAGGGAAACCUGUGAUGUGGGUAAGUUCAUUUUGCCAUCCCAUCUCCUCCAUCUAAGUAAUUUCCCGGGCCAAGCAUUGUUUCACACACUCCCCUCAGCUGCCCAGCCAUUCCCUCUCCAGCGUCCCAUACCAUCAAGCCUUCUUUCCCCAUCAGUCCAAAUGUCCCUGCCCUAUGUCCCAUCUCUCAGGGUCCUACUCUCUGAUAGGUGACAGUUCAGUCAGUGGGUGCUAAAGAGUCGAAUGUUACCCUCCCCAGGUGACAUUUACGUUUUAAUAGGGGCUACAGAUAAUGCCUUAAUCAGAAAGAGUGGCUGUAGUGGUGGGAAUUUCAGGCACAGAAGUGCCAGUAAGGGAGAUUCUUUUAUAUCAGAAGGGCAUUUUAGAGCCCCCAAAUCAUACCUGUCUGUAAGCGCAGCCCUUCAUAAGUGCAUGAGCACAAGCAAGCACACUUACCUACAUUAUACCCUCCAUAAUUUUGAGAUACCUCCCUUGCACUGGCCCUAUCUUUAAAAUGAAAAAAAAAAACAACAACAACAACAAAAAAAAAACAAAAACAAAACAGAGAACUAGCUAAAUUAAUUUAGAUCUCACUGGGAAACGUAGCCUAUUUUUUCACCGGCUGCCAGCCAUCUGGCCCACCCCACCCUGUUCAAUUUCCCUUCUGCUCUUUUUUCAGCUACGACCGACUGUAUCAGUUAAUGUACUUGUACGUGUCCUCUCUGCUCUCUCCUUACCCUGCUCCCCUACACCAUGUAUUUCCUUCCUUUACCAUUUCCUCCUUGGAAUUGUGCUGUGUUUCGUUGUCCUGGAGGACAGAAGAGCAGGUUAAGGCAUGAGCAUGUGUGUAUCACUUUGAAGAAAGAGAAACCAGGUAUUCUGCUACAGUUUGGAGAAAAACCCAACAAAGGAAGAGAUGAAAGCUGGCUCUGCAGAGUGCCUUAAAAAUGACUUUAAUUAGGAAAUUCUGAGUUGUCGGCCUUCAGAUGUUACAUAAACUCAAACAGAUGUUGCAUUUCACUUCUCUGGGAUUAAAAAAAGUUAAAUACAGUGUGUAUUCAACAACAACAAAAUAUGUUUUCUCUUUAAUUUGGUCCUCAAAGAUGCAGUGCCUGGUUUUCUACAAAACCUGGGGAUGGCCCCAGGAACAAGCAAGCUCUGGAACAUACAGAGGGCAGAUGCAGGAAUCCUGCCCAGCUAGGAAAGCUCUGGCACAAUGUUGCCAUCGAAUUUGGUCCGAAAGACAAUUCUAAGAUGAGAAAAAGCAUGGACAACUGUAAGGGGAAGAAAGGGAUCCUUACCCUUCUCCCUAGUGACACACUUUGGGCUUAGUCUUUUGGGGCUGCUAUAACCAAAUAUCCUAAGUUGGGUAGCCUAUAAACAACAGAAAUGUAUUUCUCACUGUUGUGGAAGCUGGGAAGCCCACGAUCAAGGGUCUGGCAGAUUCAAUGACUGGGGAGGCCCAGCUUUCUAGUUCAUACUUGGCACCUUCCAGCUGUGCCCUCACAUGAUGCAAAGGAUAAAUGAGCUUCCUUGGGCCUCUCUUACAAGAGCUCUGUCUUCAUGACCUAAUCACCUCCCAAAAGCCCCACCCCCUAAUACUAUCACCACGGGGGUUAGGAUUUCAACAUAUGAAUUUGUGGGGGAUACAAAUAUUGGAACAUAGCACUCUCCUAUGAUUCGGUGCUGUGAAAUUGGGAGAGAGAACAUUCUAGAAUCAGAGGAUAAAGUUUGCCCUUCCAUCUCUUUCGUACUACCAUUUCUUCCUGGAACACCCUUGACCAGAUUCUGCUUUGCUUUUGCUAAAUUAUUUUACUUUAGCUUAAUGUUUGCCACCUAGGAUCUGAUCAAAACAGGUCAUCUUAAAGUUUGAGUUCCUGAGGCAGUUAGGUUUCUGGAAUGUUGCCUUCUCUGCCUGAGUGUUGGUAUCUGUAAAUGGUCAGACUCAUCCAGGCAAGAGUGGGAACAGCAGGGUUGGAAGAGAGGUCUUGAGGUGUGCUUGGAUUCUGAAAACUAUGGAGGUUGACAGGACUGAAGACCUAGCCUAUCAGAGCCCUCCUCCUGCCCCUCCCCACCACCUGCACUCUGAUCUUUCCACGAGAUAUAUGACCCUUCUGUGGGGUCCACAGUUUUAAGAGGGCUGAAAGUCACUAAUUCACAUUCAUUCAUUCAUUCAUAUUCUGUCUACACACACACACACACACACACACACACACACACAGACACCGGUCAAAAGAGGGAGAGCAAGGAGACCCAGAUAUUGAAAUAAAAAGUGGUAAAUAGUGGUUAUCACUCCUGGAAAAAAAAAUUAAGAAAAGAGCCUCUGUCAUGCAUGUCGUGGGGUGAGGGAGUAUUUUUAAAUAUACAUAUGUCUAACCUAACCUAAGACCCCCUCUACCCUCACCAGGUCGCCUGAACAGCACAUGCUCAACUCUGGAGCAAGCCGCUUUGCAGACACAUUUUAGAAAAGGGAUUCCUGCAUCUUCUCUAUCAGAAUGCAUGAUCUCUGGAAAGAACAAUUGGCACUUUUUUCUUAGUUCAUUCAUAUCAAGAAAUAAAUAAGGAACUGGCAAUUGCUGAA